CAAGUUGAUGAUCGACUUUACAAGUUUUUUUGCUACAUUUUUUGUAAUUUUACACGAAUAGCAAAACAACGUGGAGUGCGACAAGAGCAGCGGAGAUCUUCUAUAUUCCAUUUGCUGUGAGUCGAAGCCUUCGAGUGAGUGCAAAAGGUGCAAUUUGAACGUGACACCUGACAAUACUGCUGUUCUCUUGGAGUGUUUUGAAUGCGUCGAUCUGCCGCUUCCAAUUGACAAGAAGAAUAGAAGUGAACACGAUAUAACAUAUUUGGUUUAUUACAUUGAGAUCCCUACAUACAUUGAUCCCGUCGACAGUUUGACAAUGCGUAAUAACACGGUGGUGCCAUAAUUCUGAUAGAUUGAGAAACCUUGACAAAAUCGUAUCAGCCACUACCCUGUAAUCUGAUAUUUCCUAUAACCCCUAUUUAUUAAAUAUAAAAUGAUGCUGCAAAGGAUAUUGCAGCUAAAGCCGAACGUGCGUAGUCUGAAAACGGUAUCGAGAUAUGCGUACAGUUCACAAGCUGUUACGAAACAGGCGAUCCCGGAGGAGACAUCGGACAUUGCGACGUUCAAAGUUGGGGAAAAGAUACACGGUUUCAGUGUUAAAGAUAUACAGAAGAUCUCCGAAUUUAACGUAACGGCAAUCUGCUUACUCCACGAUGCCACCAAAGCAGAGUACCUGCAUUUAUAUAGGAAUGAUAACAAUAACGUGUUUUCGGUGAACUUCCGUACGACGCCUAUGGAUAGUACUGGUCUUCCUCAUAUCCUGGAACAUACAGUACUAUGUGGAUCUCAGCUAUACCCGGUUCGAGAUCCUUUCUUCAAAAUGCUUAAUAGAUCUUUGGCAACGUUUAUGAAUGCUAUGACAGGAUCUGAUUUUACCAUGUACCCAUUCAGCACGCAGAAUUAUUCGGAUUAUAGAAAUUUACAAAAGAUUUAUUUGGAUGCUGCAUUUAGGCCGAACCUGAACCAAACAGAUUUCAUGCAGGAAGGCUGGAGAUUAGAGAACGUUGACCCGAAAGACAAGAACACUGAUUUGAUUAUUAAAGGCGUCGUUUAUAACGAAAUGAAAGGAGCCUUCUCCGAGAACGAGUCCAUUCUUCAACAGAAAUUGCAAAAUGUCAUAUUACCAGAUCAUACUUACGGCGUAUGCUCCGGUGGAGAUCCUCUGAAGAUCCCUGAUCUGACUUGGGAAGCUCUUAAGCAAUUCCAUAAAGACCAUUAUCAUCCUAGUAAUUGUAGAAUUUACUCGUAUGGAAAUUUCCCCCUUAUUCCUACUUUGGAAUACGUGAAUUCUGAAUACCUGCGCAAAUUUGAGUACCAGAACCCCAAGCAUACCGUAGUACCAAGUCAGGCAAGAUGGGAUAAACCAAAAAAGGAGCAUGUGCUAUGUCGUUUCGAGAAUAUGAGAGAACCCUUCGAGCAGCAGAAUUCGCUCACAAUUGCAUACCUCAUGAACGAUAUUACCGAUAUAUACGAAACGUUCUUAUUACAAUUUGUUACUGAACUUCUAAUUAAAGGUCCAAAUGCGCCAUUCUACAAAUCGCUCAUUGAACCAAACAUUUCUGGCGGUUUUACUCCUAGCACCGGCUUCGACUCGCAGCAACGUGACACUAUCUUUGCGUUGGGACUACAAGGACUUAAGGUUGAAAAUUUCGAGAAAAUUGAAAAGUUAUUCGAUGAGACUAUUGAUUCCGUUAUUGCUUCCGGUUUCCAAGAGCAGCAUAUUGAAUCGGUAUUGCAUCGUUACGAGUUGGGUUUGAAGCAUGAAAGUGCUAACUUCGGUUUGAAUUUGUUGUUCGGUUUGACUCCUACGUGGAACCACAAUGGAGAUCUGAUUAUGCAACUUCGUUGCAACGAUUUAAUCGAUAAAUUGAAAAACCAAAUGAAAGCGAAUCCAUCGUACUUACAGAAUGUUGUCAAGAAAUAUUUUAAAGAUAAUAACCACAGGUUGGUUUUGACAAUGUCCCCGGAUAAAGAAUACGAACAGAAGCAAGUUAAUGCUGAGAAGGAAUUAAUAUCUUCUAAAGUGAAGCCGUUGAGCGAUCAAAAUAAAGAGGAAAUUUUCAAGAAAUGUUUGCAGUUGUCAGAAGAGCAGGCGAAAAUUGACAAUACCAGUAUUUUGCCUACUCUGAGUAUGAAUGAUAUCAGCAGUGAAGUUCCUAGGGUUAUGAAAGAUAAGAAGAAGGUAGGCCCAGUACCAACGCAGGUCUUCAAAGUGGAUACAAAUGGUAUCACUUAUUUCAGAGGUAUUUUGAGUACGUCUCAAUUAAGUCCAGAACAGCAAAUGAUGCUACCACUGCUCUCUUACGUGAUCACGAAAUUAGGAACCGACAGUUUGAAUUACAGAGACUUUGAUAGUCUUGUAAAUCGUAAAACUGCCGGACUUGGAGUUCAAACACACAUUGGUGACAGUUUAUACCAAUUGCAUUCAUACGAACCUGGAUUGUUGAUUUCCAGCUAUUGUCUAAACCACAAUAUCGAUUAUAUGUGGGAUUUAUGGUCUCAAAUCUUUAAUCUUUCUGAAUUGAAAGAUGUCGCUCGCUUUGAGAUGCUAGUCAAAUUAUACAUGUCCAAUUUGACACACGGCGUAGCCGAUUCUGGUCAUCUUUACGCGAUGUUGGCAGCCCAGGGUUUGGUUUCUGGUGUCGCUUAUCAAAAGGAUUUGCUCACUGGUCUCGAGCAUAUCUCCUACAUGAAAAGACUAGUCAAAACAUCAAAUUUCACAGCCAUACUUACGGAGCUCACUAACGUAGCCAAAAUCUUAUUUGACAAAAACAAUUUAAGAUGUUCGUUGAAUAUUCUGCCAGAAAAUGAUUUGCAGUCUUUCGAAGAUUUCGUAAAUAAGCUUCCUGGCAAUUCUAUGAAUCAGGCAGAAUCCGCUUAUACAACUACGAAAAUUUGGGCCCCCACUGACUCCGUGAAUUGCCACCACCACGUGCUUAAUGUUCCGGUUAACUACUGCAGCAAAUCUAUUCUAACAGUUCCUUACACUCAUCAGGAUUACUCUAAGCUUCAAGUGUUGUCGAAGUUAUGUACCUCGAAAUUCUUACACCCAGAACUUAGGGAGAAGCAAGGUGCUUACGGAGGCGGAUUGAAGCUCUCCAUGGAUGGCGUAUUGAGUUUCUACAGUUAUAGAGAUCCACAAAAUACCCAAACUUUAGAUACAUUUGAUAAUACUGCCAAAUGGCUCACCGAUAAUUUAUCUAAUAUUACGGAACAGGAGGUGCUUGAAGCCAAAUUGGGAGUAUUCCAAGGUGUAGACUCGCCAGUGCCUCCAGGCGCCAAGGGCUUGAACGAGUUCUUGUAUGGAUUAGAUACUGAUAUUCUACAGAGGCAUAGGGCUGCCCUUAUGGCUGUUAACAUUGAAGGUCUUAAGCAAGUGACGGAAAAUUAUCUCAUUAAUUGUGAUAUUAGCAAAACUGGUAAAGUUGUCUUAGGGCCAAAGAACAUGGAUACGACCGAUAGGGCUGAAGAAUUGUGGACCGUCGUCGAAAACGAAUAAUAUGUUUGGUAGAUGUCACUCAUACAAAUAUAUUAAAUGUUAUUAUAUAAAAUAAAUAAUGUUACCAAUUUA